AAUGCACUUCGCUCAUUGUAUACCCAUCAUUCCUGGCGGCCAGCUCUUCGCACCAGUCAAGAUGGCGGACAGACCAGUUCCCGUGAUUGAGAAGCGGCUGAUGGACGUGAAGCUGGGUGAGCUGGGGUCCUGGCUUGGAGGUCGAGACUUCACUCCCAACGGUCUCAUCUCAGCCGUCCGCAGGGGCCACGACAGAUAUUACAACAAGUACAUUAAUGUGAAGAAGGGAGGCAUUGGCGGUGUCGCUAUGUUGCUGGUUGGCUACGUGGCCAUGAGCUACAUGUGGGAAUACGACCACAUCAAACAUGAUCGCUGGAGGAAGUACCACUAAGAUCCUUCAGCAGCAGAGCUUUAACCUUUGUUCUUUCUACUCUCAGCUCUGUUGAAUGUGAUUGUUGUGGCCAAUAAACAAUAAGAUUUAUUGAUGGA